AUGGACAAGUGGUUUUACACUGGUGAUCUAUGCCGUAUCGAUCCCGAUGGAUUCGUCUACAUUGUUGGAAGAAUUAAAGAUAUGAUAAAAGUGCGAGCAUGGCAGGUAAAUCCAUACGAAAUCGAAGAAGCGAUAAAACUGAAUGUAGCUGGAGUGAGCGAUUGUGCUGUUAUCGCCGUGGACGAUGAAACCGACGGACAACGACCAAAGGCGUUCAUCGUCGGACAGGCCGAUCCAAAUGAUGUUAUUGAAUUUGUUAGAGGCACAUUCAUCUCGUACAAACAUCUUUGCGCUGUAGAGAUCGUUGACGCCAUUCCUAGAACAUCAUCCGGGAAGGUGAUGCGCUCUGUUCUCGUUGGCCAGGAAGAUACCCCAGAUAGCCAACUUGUAAAAUAG